AUGUCUACGCAAGAGGAUACAGAGACGGUUUUCACGACGGACGCCAUCGCGUUCGAGGUGGCCUUGCUCGUCGCCUUCACGGCCGGGUUGGUGUGGUACUACGCAGCGAAGGAUGUGCCGUUCUUGGUGAGCUUGUGCGUCUUCACCUCUUGGCUGCUGGGGUUUAUUGGAACGCUGCUGCUGCCUGCGGACAUCGUCCUAACGCUACUCGACGGCUCUCACAGUCUUUGGAUGACGAGGGCGUGGUACGCCGUGUACUGGACGACCUUCCUGCUCGCCUGGGUCAUCCUGCCCAUCCUCUACCAGGCGUGGAACGCGGGGGAGCUGACAUGGGCGGAGCGGAUCCGCCGCGCCGUGCGGCUUAACAUCAAGCAGUACCUUGCCAUGGCGGUGCUUCUUGUGGUGUUUGUCAUCUACCUGGUUGUCAGUGGGCAGACCAGCGCGGGGAGCGUGAGCGGGUUUAUGAUGGCCCUGGCAAACACGUACGGUCUUCUGUUCAUCAUCCUGCUGUUGGGGCAGGGGCUGAUUCAGGUGCCUAGGCAGCUGUGGGAGACCAGCUUCAACGACACCGAGCUACAAAGGCUCUACUUCAACGCUACACAGGUGGACACAGACAAGCACGACUCGUUGUUUGAGCUGGAAACGGUGGAGCGGAACCUAGACUCGAUGGAGCGUGCCAUGGACAUCAAGAAGCACUGGUGUAUCAAGGACCGCGCGCACAUGAAGAACAUGCUGAGCUCGGCGAGGGCUACGGAUGAAGCGUUUCACUUGGAGACCGACGACGGCUCUUUCCAGACUACGAGGUUUAGGGGAAAGAACGGGAGCCAGAGGUGGGACGAUGGUCGAACACCCGAGGACGCCUUGAAGGACCUUGGGGUGUCUGGGCUAUCUCCCGGGGAUGCAGCACGGCUGCACUCUUCCCUUAGGGCUGCCCAGGUCAACGUUGUGGCGUCUAGGAUGAAGUGGGCUGCGUUGCUGAAGGAGACGGACACGCUGCUGUGCAUCGUAAACAACGAAAUCCCGUGGGGUGACGCGGUUUGCGAGACCACACCCGGGGAGACCGUGUGUCAUUAUCUCCGCACCGUACUAAGACGAAGUGGGAACCGCGCUGGAUGGGUCUGGCGGGCAUACCUCAGGGCACUCGUGUGUAAAGCCUUGGCUUUGCUGUGCGCGGGGCUGAGCGGGGUCAUUCUGUGGAGCGAGGUGAUGGCGGCGAGCAGGUGGAACUUGAGCCCGUUCGGCAUCCUGCUGAGGCUCAUGUACCAACAGGAGGCGGGUAUCGGGCACGCGUUGUCAAUGCAGGCGGCAGUGCUGGUACCGUUUUUGUACAUGAGUCUGUGCUGCUACCGAAGCCUGUUCACCCUGAGGAUCUUCGGCACGUUUAGUCUCCAGGGCGGACACCACACCCUCCCUGGGCCGUUGCUGUUCAACGCGCAGUACCUCAUCCGGCUGCAGUUCCCGUUGGGCUACAACUUCAUGAGGAUGCUGCGGUACUACGGAACGAAAUCGGCCAGCGUGCCAGCGCUGUCUCUCCCCGCCUUCCAGAAGCUCAUGAACGACAUGAGCACGGUCCCGGUGCUCGGAACGGGUUUCACCGUGUACGCGCCGCUGGUGCUGGUGAUCCUGUGUGCCUUUACGUACUACAAGGGGUACGCGCGUGUGCUGCGGCUGGUAGGGUUGGAGCACGUGGACCUCGUGUCGAUGGACGACCCGGGGGGGAACGCGCGUCUGGACGAGGGCCGAGAGCUUGUCGAACGAGGAAAGCGGCAGGCCCAGGCGUUGGCAGCUAGGAGACGGGACGCAACCGUGCAGCAGUCUCCUCCUUCGGACUCACCUUCCACCAAGUACGAGCCAGGGGGGGGUUACGUAGCCCCCUCGCUGUACAGCAAGGUUGGCGACGGCUGCAGCUCGCCCGACGUGGAGAAUGUAGGCUCCCCUUUGUGCAGCAUCAAUGGAGACGCGUUGGGUGCUGACGAUCCUGACGGCCAAGACUCGGCCUUUUAGGGCGUGUGUUCGGUCAAUGAACCAGGAAUGUGCAACUGCGGUGGUGUUGUGUUUCUGCAGGCGGGGGGGGGGGGGAGGUCCCGUAGAAUCAAAACUUGAGUCUAGCCUUUUGGCGGGACCGAGGUCAUUUCUUUUUUAGGCACAGAGUGUGUUAUGGUGUGGGGUGAUGUGAUGCGCGCUUGCAGCAAGAACGUGAGAGAGCGAUAUUCUUCGUCUUGAAGCAAAUAGCCACGGCCGCUUGCAAGAAACAGGUACUUGUGUGAGGUUAGGAACGCGACAAAGGUUCGCGUGCUAGUUUGGCGUGUCAAGGAGUAUUCCCAAGGGUAGAAGGUCUGAACACUUGGAAGCGUCUCUCAAGGAUGUUUGCAAAACCCAUGGAAUGUACGAGUAAGCCGGUCGCCCCUGUGGUUCAGUUGGGAAAUCCAUGGCAAUCUUUGUGUGCUUCUGACUCCCUAGAUUGCGGGUUCUAAUCUCUUCUGUCACUGGAGAAUGAAAAUGCCGCAUUUUAGAAAGAGGAAUCACGCUGUAGUCGUGAGUUCGCGAGGAAACACGAGAAGAGGGAAGGGAACCCUGACCUCAAAUUGAAGGCUAGCAUCUUAUUGGGAAAGGCGGAGAAGAGAAGAAAGAAGAACAUCUCGAGUGAGUUGAAAGCCUUCCUGCUGCGGCUGCUGCGUCACCCCGGCUGGUGCCCCAGACACUAAACUAUUUAAACGUUUAGCCCGGCCCCCAGAAUGGAGUGGACGAAAGUGCAAAACGUCUUCCAUAGCUAGGCAAUUGCGCGUAGUAGGCAUCUCGACCAUCCUCGUGAGCACAGGGCUCGAAGCUGUUUUCGGUUUUUGUCGUGGAGGUUUGGUGACAGUCGUUUUAUUUUGUUGAUCGGGCUAUUUGUAGGAGGCAGCUCGAUGAAUUACCCGCCACCUCUCCCAACAAUUUUGUGCACUUUUUAAAUAAGUAAUGGUAUUGUUAAGUCUACAGCAGCUCACGUGGAAGAAAGGGCAGUACACUACCGUUGAUGUUGUUCUGAUGUUGCUGCUGUUCUUGUGCUUGUACGAUUGUAUCUUAGACUGUACGAGCACGUGCAUGCUUAGCUGUCGCCGUCUUGUCCAGAGCGCCUUCCUUUGUGAUUCACUUUUUAUUUCUGUUUUUGGCCUUUCUUUUUCGCUUGGAAGAGAGGCAAGCUCGGCAGUGUGUUUGGUGUUAUUCAGGCUUAGAUGGUCGAGGUAACGUGACGCAACUACAGCAGUACUGUCGCACGGUGAGGCUGGUAUAUGGGCGAUUUGUCGAGAUGGGCCAGCUGAUGAAGCGAAAGAACGAGAGUACAAAAAUAAGAGCUACUAGUGUUGGUACAACCAUGAUGGUAAUGGAUGGCUAUGCAUAUGAAUGUGUCUUCAUUUCGACACAACCUGGAGAUUGUUUUGGGUCGCCUACUACUACUCGUGCCGGGAGGGGGGUACCUGAAUGCGGCAAAUGUGUGAAUGAAGCAUUUAUUUUGU